AUGAGCAAGCUCUCCGCUCAAACACUCUCCCAGCUUUUGCAAGCCACCGAUGCUGCAUGCGAAGACCAGAUAGCUGGUAUACCUGGUGCAGUAAUUGUGGUCGUCGGUAAGGACGGUAGAGAGCUCUUCUCUCAUGCAGCCGGGAGGCGCGGAACAGGCAGUCAUGAGCCUAUGACCCUCGACAGCGUCUUCUGGAUCGCAUCAUGUACUAAGAUGAUAGUGGGUGUCGCCGUGAUGCAGCUUGUGGAGAGGGGAAUCUUAAGCUUGGAUGACUCGGCGCAGGUUGAGUCGCUUUGUCCAGAACUGAAAGCAAUUCAGGUGUUGGAGGCCGAUGGGACCCUCGUGCCGAAGAAGCGAGGCAUCACCCUUCGCAUGCUGCUGUCUCAUACGGCCGGAUUUGGGUACACCUUCUUCAAUGAGAAGCUGAGAGACUUCAGUCGACCCGCAGGUUGGGACGAGUUCUCCGGGUUGGAAUUCGACAUCAAGCAACCGCUUGUGCAUCAACCCGGCGAGGGCUGGGAGUACGGACUGGGGAUUGACUGGGCUGGGAAAGUACUGGAGAGAGCAACAGGUCGUACACUCGAAGCAUACUGCCAAGAGAAUAUUUACGCCCCGCUUGGGUUGAAGAAUAUAUCCAUGAAGCCGCAUGCCGAGAUGUUGCGGAAUCUGGCGUAUAUGAACAGCCGGGAUGGAAACGGAAGGCUCUCAAGGAGGGAUCACCUGCUGAGACGUCCUCUGCUACCAGACGAAGGUCAUUCACCAAGCUUCUUCUACAGCGGAGGAGCCGGCUGCUUUGCGAAGCCUCGAGAAUAUGCCCAAAUUCUGGCAAUGCUCCUCAACGAUGGCACAUCGCUCACGACCGGCGCACAGAUCCUCUCUCCAUCUACCGUGGAAGUCAUGUUCCAGAAUCAAAUCACCCAAUUCCCAGAUUUCGCACGUCAAGGCAUCCCGGCCGCAAAGCCGGAUCUGACAAACGCUAUUCCGGAGAUAUAUCCUGUACCUGGCAACGGCCCACAGGGAUGGGGAUUGACAUUUAUGUUGAGUGGUGCAGGCGCAACAGGAAGAUCGGCGAGUACUGCAUUUUGGGCGGGCCUACCUAAUCUUUGGUGGUGGUGCGAUCGAGAGAAGGGCGUUGCAGGCAUUGUUGCUACGCAACUAUUGCCUUUCGCUGACGGACAAGUAUUGAAUCUAUGGGGUACAAUCGAGUCGGCGGUCUACCAGGGUCUAUAG